UGGAGUAAAAAAAAGUGUGUAAAUAUAAAUGAGAAUAUUAAAUUUAGCUUGAUAAUGAAGAACUCUCUUAAUGUGCAAGGUGGAUGAGAUUCCUGAGGCAUUUGUCUGAAUGAGCCUGAUCUGAAUUAAAUGACGCCGUGAAGCAUUGAAAGAGUUUAUUUUUUAAUCCUCUCUCCAAGACCCGUAUAAAUGGAUGACCUUUUUCACACAAGGUAGUUCGUCUCACUAACACGCAUUUUUUAGUGAUAAAAUUAUAAAAGGUUGAGGAAAGGCCAACUUCAGUGUGCAAUUUCGUAAGAUAAAUUAGGAUGAUAGAUAAUCUGGUGCAAGUCUCUCCAUGUAAAGUUUGGAACAUGAUAAUCAAUGGUUUUGGAGAGAAACCUCUAAUUGCUUAGGUUGUUACAAUUAUGUUUGAGAGUAAAUAUAGUUGUAACAACCUAAGAAAUUAGAGUUUUUUCUCCGAAACCCAUUGAUUAUUAUGCUCAAAACUUUACAAUGAGCUGCCAGAUGAAUUUGUACUGCUAUGAAUCGUUCCUGAACAUCAGGUAAAGAGUUCAAAUACGUUAAGAUAAACUGCUUAUCCUCUCUUUUCCAAUUCCCUAUAAUUCACUCUGUUUGCCCUCCACAUUUUCCAUAAACUAUUUGUGUGAAAUGCUUUUGAAAAUACGCAGACCUCCCAAGAGCAUUUCCUAACGACAGUUUAUGCAAAAUUUGGGGGACAAACAGAGUAAGUUAUUAGGAAUGGGAAAAUAGAGAAUACUCUUUAAAAACGUCUAGCAAAGUUUGUAUAUUAAAGAAUUCCACUCUAAAUAUAGAAAAUAUUUUUUUUAUCAAGCUCAAAGUUAAGAAAUACCAGUCUCUAUUGCAAGGCCGUAGGAAGACUAAGAUUAUUAGAGAGACAAUAUCAGAAAUAAAGCUUCUUCAGAUUAAGAAUAGCCUUUUCCUGGAAAUAAAUAAAUAAAUAAAUAAAUAACUAUAAAUAAUUACAUUUAGACCAUUUUCCCUGGCAAUAGGCUCUGUUCGUUGUUACUGUAGCUACAGCUCUGUAUUGUGUUUGAUAUUCAACUGCAAAUGUGGCAAAGUUGUCUGUCUUGAGGCAUUUUUGUGUAUCAUAACUAAGAACAGUAUUAUAUUCCCUGCUGCUCCAAGCAUUGUGAUAGCUCUCACCACAUUGCAUCAAAAGCUUACCAUGUAAACUCCAGCAUUUGUGAUGUAAUCUGAGUCCUUAGUGUUCUAAUCGUGCGGUAAAAUCAAAGCGAGGAAUCUUCAUUGAUGGUGAGCGUUUCCGUAAUUUGGGCAUCUGGGGCACAGAGAAACUCCAAACGACAUGAAAAAUUGUUGGUAAGAAUUAAUACAGUACGCACACAAAUUUUCUCUUGAAAAAUAAACUGAAUACGGAAUAUUCAGAGAUAAAUACUGCUUUCAGCAGCUUAUACAAGUUAUGAGGAAGGUUUAUGACAUUUUGGCGGGAUCCUCGUGAUUUUAGUUUUCAUUGAGAAGUUCUACUACUCUGGAAUUAACUGUACGUUACAACUUAUUCUGCAUAGCAAACAUAAAUCAUCGCUUGGUACGAACUUUCUUCAGAUACAGUUAAAACAUUAUACCGUGAUGCAAGUCUUUAGGAAAAUGAUUAAAAGUGGACUCUAUCGAAUUCCUCUUUUCCUCAUCUUCUUCUUCUUCGACUACUUCUUCCUCUUCUUCUUCUUUUUUGCUACGUUUUUUUGUUUCUUUGUUAGUAUUUCUGUUUCUCUACACACCCCAUCAAGUUAAGUUCACCUUUUCCAUAAAGUUUCAUUCCUAUGAAAUAUCUGUUCAUGUUAACAUACAGCUCUCCCGAUCAGCGGUAGGUGCAAUUAGCACUGUUCUGUCUUCUUUCCAUUUCUGAGGAGAAACUAAUCAAUGCCACAGGAAGAGGGAAUUUAAUCCUAUCGUUCUUUAAUCAUGAUAACAAUACUAUGCUGUAAAAAACGCCGGUAGGUCAGAAAAGUUUCCCAGAUUCUCGAUGCUUCCCUUUUUUAUGCGCCUUGGACUCUAUCCUUUAAGUGGAAACACACUAAAACCGCUUUGGAGCGGUGCGAUUGAUAUCGUUAUUGAUCACGUUCUAACGAAGGCAAAUGCAUUCUGUCUGAUUAUGAAUGACAAGGUUAAUUAUCAUAAAUUCCAAAGCCUUUGUUCCUAUAGCCCGUGCCCUGUUACACGCCUAACUGGGUAACAUUACUCCCAGAACAAGAAGCAUAAUGGCGACAACAGGUAUCGCAUCUUCCACACAUUUCAUCUCUUCAUUUUCAGCCAGUGAAAAUUCAUUCUCCAUCAAAAAUAUCUUAAAUUUAUCGGAUGAAACAGUGGAGGAGCAAAAGUGGAUUUCUAAAGAUAGCGCGCAAAUUAACAUGGUCGAUGCACCGUGUUCAAUGCCACCAUUGCUCGCCGCUCCUCGUGCGAUGUUCCCUCCAGGGUACCACCAUCCACUUUUGUCAUCUUGUUUGCCAGUUGGGAUUUUUUCACUUCCAUCUUCUCGACCAGUUGCUCGGAUAACUCCAUUUAAUUUUCCGGUCCACGUAUUUUCCCCUGGUAUAAUUGUUCAAAAGAAACGAAGACGUCCAAUGAAGAAAAGGAAAUUACGUCCCUUGUUUUCCGCUCAUCAAAUCCAAACAAUGGAGAAGGAGUUUGCAAAAUGUCGAUAUGUCUCGGAAGAUAGACGAGCAGAGCUUUCAUCAGACCUUAAUCUAACAGAAAUGCAAGUGAAAACCUGGUUUCAAAAUCGACGAACAAAGUGGAAGAAAGAAACCCAAGAAAAAGUCGAAGUCCAAUCAUCGGAAAUGCCACUCUUUUACGAAGGAAGUCGCGAGCAAGGUUUCCUUGGGACAAACACGAUGAGCUUUUACCAUGUGAACUGCAUCAAAAGUUUCGCUGUAUUGUGAACACCAGCCUUUCAGUAAGGUUCGUCAAGAGAUAUUUUUGCUGCAUAUGUAUAUAGAUAUAAUAGAUGAAGAGUAUCUUAUGAAAAUCUAAAUUGAAAAUAGAACAAAUGUGGACUGCAGAAACACACUGGGAUUCUUUGUUAGCAUUAGUGCUCUUUACGACAUAGUCGUUUUAAAACUUAAUUUUCCUGAAAAUAUGAAUAUAUCGCUUCACUCUAUUUACAAUAAUAUUUUUAUAAACGAAAUAAUGCGUUUGGUGGAGGUGAUUAACAAGAAUUCGCAUUCAAGCACGUCGUGUAAUCAUUCAAUUCUGUUUGUACUCAUUUUUGAUCACAAAAUCCACAUACAAUCGCAACAGAAUUGCUGAUUUUGUUUAUUCCCUCUUGUGCUCAUCACAGUCCUGUUUAUACUACAAGCCUGAAUUAUGAAUUACAUGUAUGCGUAAGAAAUUCAAUUUUCUUCGGUUGUCUUUAUGUUAGUUAUGUGUUUUUGGAGUGAUACCCUUCACAGUAUAUUCCACCAAUUUGUUCCAGUAUAUUGCGACAUCAUAUUCUGUGGGUAUUACCUGUUUUUACAUACUUUUUUUCGACCUUCAUCGAUUAGUUCGAUGUGCUAAUAACGCGUAAAGAUAAAUUAUAUUGCCAAUACAUGUUGGAGGCCUUCUGUAUUUCUUGUGUCUGUGGGUAGCAUACACACUUGAAGUAAUAAAGGCUGACUGUUGUGUUUCAA